UCCGCGCAAGCGCAGUGCGGGAGCCGCGCGCUCGUGCCCGAGCUCGUGGCCGCGCGGAGCAGCUGGACCGCGCCCCUGCCGCCUGCCAGACGGGUCAGGCCCGGUUCGGCGGCGUCAUGGCCGGUCCGGGUCCGCUGGGGGAGGCGCUGCCGCCCGACCUGCGCGCCAGCCUGGCCGAGCUGGAGCUGGAGCUGUCGGAGGGUGACAUCACUCAAAAAGGGUAUGAGAAGAAAAAAGCAAAGCUGCUUGCACGGUACAUGCCACUUACUCAAGUAGAUCCAGCUCUGCCAACAGAGACCAGGAUACCUGCACCCAUGGCUGCAGCAUCCAGACAGCAGAAACAAUGGCCAACUAAUUCUCGGGAUGAGUGCUUCUGCUCAGAUCUCCACACGGAAGCUGUGCAGGCCGCCUUGGCGAAGUACAAGGAGCGGAAGGUGCCCAUUCCGUCCAGGAGGCGCUCUGUCCUGGUCCACUCCUCCGUGGAGACCUACACCCCCCCAGACACAUCAUCUGCCUCAGAAGAUGAGGGCUCUUUACGACGACCUGGGCAGCUCACCUCCACUCCACUCCAGAACCAUUCCAGCGUCGAGCCCUGGCUCGACCGGGCCCUUCAGGGUUCCUCCACCUCGUCCUCCACCUCUUCCACCUCAUCCCACCCAGGAGGGACUCCCGCUACUGUGCCCGCAGACCCUGCCACCCACACCCGCCUAGAUCUGCACUCAGCCCCUCCUGAUGUCACCACAGGCCUCGAGCAUCCGCACUGUGAGCGCUCCCAGCUGGCUUCUGUGAGAUGUGUCCCUCGGGGCUACAGCGGAAGCAUCCUGGAGACAGCAGGGGGUGUGCCUGUCAGCAGCAGGGUGUCCUCCAAGAUCCAGCAGCUUCUGAACACCCUGAAGAGGCCCAAACGCCCAUCCCUGAAGGAGUUCUUUGUGGACGACUUUGAAGAGUUGCUGGAAGUUCAGCAGCCUGAUCCGAAUCAGCCCCAGCCUGAGGGAAGUCAGACGGGGAUGUUGACCGGAGAGCCUGCGACACUGGGGGCUUCCUGGCCACCCUCACUGUUGGCCGCCUUGCAGCAGUGGGGCACAAUGCAGCCCAAAGCCCCUUGUCUGACCGCCUUCGACACAGCAGGGAAGGCCACCUACACCCUCACCUAUGGCAAACUUUGGAAUCGGAGUUUAAAGCUAGCUUAUACUCUCCUUACUAAACUGACUAGUAAGAAUGAACCGCUACUCAAACCUGGAGACAGAGUGGCGCUGGUGUUUCCCAACAGCGACCCUGUGAUGUUCAUGGUUGCCUUUUACGGAUGUCUCCUGGCAGAGCUGGUUCCAGUGCCGAUAGAAGUGCCGUUAACAAGAAAGGAUGCCGGCAGCCAGCAGGUGGGGUUUCUGCUGGGCAGCUGUGGCGUCACCCUGGCACUGACCACGGAUGCCUGUCAGAAGGGCCUGCCCAAGGCCCAGACUGGAGAGGUGGCGACUUUCAAAGGCUGGCCCCCCCUCGUGUGGCUGGUGAUUGACGGGAAGCACCUGGCCAAGCCCCCCAAGGACUGGCACCCCUUGACCAAGGACAUUGGGUCGGGGACGGCCUACAUUGAGUAUAAAACCAGCAAGGAAGGCAGCACGGUGGGGGUCACCGUGUCCCACGCGUCUCUGCUGGCACAGUGCAGCGCUCUGACUCAGGCCUGUGGCUACUCGGAAGCCGAGACGCUAACAAGUGUGCUGGAUUUCAAAAGGGAUGCUGGUCUGUGGCAUGCCGUGCUAACAAGCGUCCUUAACAGAAUGCGUGUGCUCAGCAUUCCGUACGCGCUGAUGAAGGUGAACCCCCUCUCCUGGGUCCAGAAAGUGUGUUCCUACAAAGCCCAGGCCGCACUGGUCAAGUCUCGAGACAUGCACUGGUCUCUCCUGGCUCAGCGGGGCCAGAGGGACCUCAGCCUCAGCUCCCUGCGCAUGCUGAUGGUGGCUGACGGCGCCAACCCAUGGUCCAUCUCAUCCUGUGAUGCCUUCCUCAAUGUCUUCCAGGCCCGGGGACUGAGGCCAGAGGUCAUCUGUCCCUGUGCCAGCUCUGCUGAGGCUCUCACGGUGGCCAUGCGCAGGCCACCUGAUCUGGGAGGGCCUCCUCCAAGAAAAGCUGUCCUGUCGAUGAACGGUCUCAGCUAUGGCGUGAUCAGAGUGGACACGGAGGAGAAGCUGUCGGUCCUCACUGUGCAGGACGUUGGCCAGGUGAUGCCUGGAGCUGACUUGUGUGUGGUGAAGCUUGAGGGAGCCCCUUAUCUCUGUAAGACCGACGAGGUUGGAGAGCUGUGUGUCAGCUCCAGUGCAACUGGUUCCACAUAUUACGGGCUGCCUGGCAUCACCAAGAACGUCUUUGAGACGGUCCCCAUCACUGCGGCAGGAGUACCCAUUUCCAACAGGCCUUUCACCAGGACUGGGCUGCUGGGCUUCAUUGGGCCUGAUGGUCUGAUCUUUGUUGUGGGCAAGCUGGACGGGCUAAUGGUGGUUGGAGUUCGCAGGCACAAUGCAGAUGACGUGGUGGCCACCGCUCUGGCUGUGGAGCCCAUGAAGUUUGUCUACAGAGGCAGGAUCGCCGUCUUCUCUGUGGCCGUGCUCCACGAGGACCGCAUUGUGUUGGUGGCCGAGCAGCGGCCGGACGCCUCUGAGGAGGACAGCUUCCAGUGGAUGAGCCGAGUGCUGCAGGCCAUCGACAGCAUCCACCAGGUGGGCGUGUACUGUCUGGCCCUGGUCCCGGCUAACACUUUGCCCAAGGCUCCCCUUGGUGGGAUCCACAUCUCUGAGACAAAGCAGCGCUUUCUGGAGGGCGCCCUGCACCCCUGCAAUGUGCUGAUGUGCCCGCACACCUGUGUCACCAACCUGCCCAAGCCCCGCCAGAAGCAGCCUGAGGUGGGACCAGCCUCCAUGAUUGUGGGAAACCUGGUUUCUGGGAAGCGGAUUGCGCAGGCCUCAGGGAGGGAGCUGGCUCAGCUGGAGGACAGCGACCAGGCCCGGAAGUUCCUGUUCCUGCCAGAUGUGCUGCAGUGGCGGGCACACACCACCCCGGACCACCUGCUCUUCCUGCUGCUGAACGCCAAGGGCACCGUCACGAGCACAGCAACCUGCAUCCAGCUGCACAAGAGGGCUGAGAGGGUGGCUGCUGCGCUGACGGAGAAGGCGAGGCUGAGUGUCGGGGACCACGUGGCCCUUGUGUACCCCCCAGGGGUGGACCUCAUCGCCGCCUUCUACGGCUGCUUGUACUGUGGCUGCGUGCCCGUCACUGUGCGCCCCCCGCACCCCCAGAACCUCGCCACCACACUCCCCACUGUGAAGAUGAUCGUGGAGGUCAGCAAGUCCUCGUGCGUCCUCACUACACAGACCAUCAUGCGGCUGCUCAGGUCCAAGGAGGCGGCCGCCGCUGUGGACAUCAGGACCUGGCCCACCAUCCUCGACACAGAUGACAUGCCCAGGAGGAAGGUGGCAAGCAUCUUCAGGCCCUCCACCCCAGACGUGUUGGCCUACCUGGACUUCAGCGUGUCCACCACAGGCAUCCUGGCUGGUGUGAAGAUGUCACACGCAGCCACCAGUGCCUUGUGUCGCUCCAUCAAGCUGCAGUGUGAGCUCUACCCCUCCCGGCAGAUCGCCAUCUGCCUGGACCCCUACUGCGGGCUGGGUUUCGCCCUGUGGUGCCUGUGCAGCGUCUACUCGGGACACCAGUCUGUGCUGGUGCCUCCGCUGGAGCUGGAGAGCAACGUGUCCCUGUGGCUGUCCGCCGUGAGCCAGUACAAGGCCCGUGUCACCUUCUGCUCCUACUCCGUGAUGGAGAUGUGCACCAAGGGCCUGGGCACACAGACCGCUGUCCUCAGGAUGAAGGGGGUGAGUCUGUCCUGUGUGCGCACCUGCAUGGUGGUGGCCGAGGAGCGGCCCCGCCUCGCCCUGACACAGUCCUUCUGCAAGCUCUUCAGGGACCUGGGGUUGCCUGCCCGUUCCGUCAGCACCACCUUUGGGUGCCGAGUCAACGUGGCCAUCUGCCUCCAGCCCAACAGGCUGGGAAAGCUGGCUGAGCAGGGCACGGCCGGCCCAGACCCCACCACCGUCUACGUGGACAUGAGGGCACUGCGGCACGACAGAGUGCGCCUGGUGGAACGUGGUUCUCCACACAGCCUGCCGCUGACGGAGUCUGGGAAGAUUCUCCCCGGAGUGAAGGUCAUCAUUGCGCACACAGAAACCAAGGGGCCACUUGGAGACUCACACCUGGGCGAGAUCUGGGUGAGCAGUCCUCAUAACGCCACCGGAUACUACACAGUCUACGGGGAGGAGGCACUGCAUGCUGAUCACUUCAGUGCCCGGCUAAGCUUUGGAGACACACAGACCAUCUGGGCGAGGACUGGCUACCUUGGCUUCCUCCGCCGGACAGAGCUCACCGAUGCCAGUGGAGAGCGCCAUGACGCCCUCUACGUGGUGGGGGCUUUGGAUGAGACGCUGGAGCUCCGUGGCAUGCGCUACCACCCCGUCGACAUUGAGACGUCCGUCACCCGCGCCCACAGAAGCAUCGCUGAGUGCGCCGUGUUCACGUGGACCAACCUUCUGGUGGUGGUGGUGGAGCUGGACGGGCUGGAGCAGGAGGCCCUGGACCUCGUGGUGCUGGUGACCAACGUGGUGCUGGAGGAGCACCACCUGGUGGUGGGUGUGGUGGUGGUCGUGGACCCGGGCGUCAUCCCCAUCAACUCUCGUGGUGAGAAGCAGCGCAUGCACCUGCGCGACGGCUUCCUGGCAGACCAGCUGGACCCCAUCUACGUGGCCUACAACAUGUGACAGGUGGUGCUCUGGCGUGGAGGGGGUGCGGCCGGCCAGGUGGGGACACACUGCCACCCCUGUGUCAGCUCCAGGUGUGGGCAUGAGCGAGAGCCUCAGAAACCCUGGGCUCAGCUCUGCCUCAGCAGACCCACCUCUUUCCAGAAAGUUCUCAAAAACAGACAUAGUAUUUGAAGAGAUGGGCGUCCGAGCCUGGAGCAGGCAAGGGGCCUGUGGGGUGGCUGGCCUUCUCUGCUGUAUUACGAGUUUGCACUUGAAAAUCAGAAUUCUGAUGUAGAGAAUUUAGCUGUUGAUCCUGCUUCAUAUGGCGUUAUAUUGGGAAGAGCGCUGAGGCCUCACUUCUGGGAGGAGCAGAGCCCAUGGGGUGGGGGCUGCGGCCCCUCCCUAUACCCAGACCCCAGGUGGGGCAUUGGGGUCACAGUGGCAACCUCUCUGCCCCAGGUCUGCAGGCUCACACUCUGCCAAAAAAGCACGCGAACCCCUUUCCUGGGUUUGCAGUUUCAUACUGUGUAGAAAAAGUGUCUUGUUUUGUUUUUCAUUUCGUGUUUUUUUUUUGUUUUUUUUUUUACCAGAGCCCUGCUCAGCUCUGGCUUGUGGAGGUACUGGGGUUUGAACUGGGAGCCGUCAGUGCCUCAGGCUUGAGAAUCUGUUUGCAGAGCCACUGUGCUGUCUCCCCCACCUGACGAACCGCCUGUUGUUGUGGCAUCUCAGUGGAAACUGCUCAGUUACCUCUGCUCCAAGUCAGCAGACUGGGAGCUCUGGUGACAGGCUUGAAUCUGCCAUCCUUGAUGCUGGUGCUGUGCCCUGUGUGGGACACAGAGCCCCCUGGGCCUACCUCCAGGGUCAUCAAGGACGUCAGCCUUGCCCUUUGAGCCUUGACAUUUUGAGUUGUGGCCCUGGAGAAUUCAACCAAACCAUAUUCAGUUAUUUUAUUCAGACUUGACUGACCUGGUCAGUCUGACCUCACAGUGAAUCUAAAUGAGAAUAUAAAACCCUUUAGACCCUUACGAGCAGUCGAGGUGGUCAAGUUUGAAUCUAACGCAUAGCUGAGUUUCAUAUAGUUGACAAAGAGUACGCCACAGAGUUGUUGGAUUUGGGAGAACAGUGGGUGGAAAAGCCGGUGAUUUGUGUAUGUGUCCUAGAAACAGCCAGGCUCCUCUAGUUGUCCGGAUCAGUGCCUGACAGAGUUCAGUUCUCCACCACCUUCAGCUCUCCCACAUGAGGCUGCCACCUGGGCUCUUACUUUACACCGAGCAGCCCUCACACUGGCUCUGCUGGUGGUGGCCAUUGCCUUCUGCAGUGGGUCACAGCGUCUGGGAUUCUGAUAGUUCUUGGAGUUAUGUACAUAGUUCCUGUAACAUAUUGCUUGACAUAAAGCGACCGUGGACUAACAGACACAGGGCAAGGGAUUGGCCAGCUCUCAUGUAACAUGCUUUUAUAGUGAAUGCUGGAACAUUUUUGUGCGGAGAUCCAGUAACACUAGAUUUCUGAGAAGGUCAUUAAAAUGUUUUAAAGUUACUCUCUUGGAACUGUAUAUCAUACUCAGUUUUUUUUUUGUAUCAUCAUGUUAAUAAAAGUUAUUCUUUGUAACUCUG